AUGGGUCCAACGUUGAUCCAGACUUUUGGGAUGUCUCAGCUACAGUUUGGGACACUGACGACGGCGUUUGCCAUUGCAAAGCUUUGUGGCAACAUUCCGUCCUCGAUCCUCUCGGAGGCCUAUGGGCGCAAGCCGCUGCUGGUGGGAGGCUUGCUCUCCAUCGCUACAGGCAUUGCAGGUGUCGCGUUCGCCAGCUGCUACGAGCAGCUCAUGGUCCUCAGGCUUGCUGUGGGCCUCGGUGUCGCGUCGACUUUUACAUCUGCAGGCAUGUACGUGACGGACAUCUCCCAUCCGCUGAAUUCGGCUCGCACCCGGGCUCCGAUGCAGAUGGGGAUGUCGGCCGGCUUGCUGUGCGGCCCUGCUCUGGGAGGCUACCUCCUGGAGCACGUGGGCCUCUGCUCCAUGACCCUCGGAGUGGGCGCAGCCUCCUUAGCCACGGCCGCAGCAGUCUUCGCGCUCUUGCCCGAGACGCAUCGGGCAAAUCCAGAGAAACGACCCUUGCGAGGCGUGGGGCAUACGCUGCGCUCGUGGUCGCCGAUACUUAGCGGCCAACAGUUCCGCUCAGUUCUUGGAUUUGGCUGGUGCUACAAUGCCGCCUUCUGGGGAGCGAUGGCUCUCCUACCGCUGGUCUACGUGGAUCUGGCCCUCAGCCCCACUGUCGUGGGUGGCCUCUCCACCGUCAACGCAGUGAUCAGCCUAGCCGUCACGCCGGUGGUCGCACGAAGUGCUGACCACCUGGGCAAGAUGGCGGUGGUCCUGCCUGGAGCGAUUGUGUACGGGGCAGGGAUCAUUCUGGUGCCGCACGUCUCAUCCUUGCUGGAGCUGUUGCCGGUCCUUGCGGCGAUGCAAGUUGGCGCCUGCAUGUGCGCGCAGGCUCAGAUGCAUGCCAUGGAUCUGGUCUCGGUCAGAGAUCGUGCGAAGGUACCAAGUCUGUGGAACACCUUCGGGGACACAGGAAUGCUCUUCUCCUCCUUCACCUCCUCGCUUCUUGCUCAGGCUUUUGGCCUGGGCAGCGCCUUCUACGCAGAUGGCGUGCUGCUCCUCGUCGCCAGCGGUGGCAUGUUCAUCAUGACCCGGCGCUAG